AUCACUCCGGGAAAGUUUACUAAUGUCCAGCUAAACUCAGUGAAAGCGUAAAAUACUCCGAUUAAAAUAGAAAAACAGGAAGAAGCAGCUGAAUGGAUUGCAGCACGUGAAAUGUACUCUUAUUAAAUGUAGUAAAUUAAGUAAAUAUAUAAAGACGAGUUGACUUCAUGACCAGGUUAUCAUCAUGUCCCAGCAUGCUUUGCUCUCUGCUGGAUGUAAAGCCUGGAGGUCACUGUCAUGCCCACAAUCAGAGCUCUGGCUGAACCUCACACUGGGAUGUGGACAGACCUUCCGGUGGCGUGAGACUGCAGAUGGACACUGGACUGGAGUAAUGCAGGGAAAAGUCUGGACACUGACUCAAACAGAGAACACAUUAUGGUACUAUGUGUAUGGUCAUCAGAUAAAUGCUGAAGAAGAAAAUGGAUUGAAGUGUAAGAUUAAAGAAGAGAAGAGCUCAAAAGUAAUGAUUAACAUGAAUCAGGUAGAGGGAGACUUAUGUGCAGUGAUGUCAGAACUGGACAACAAAGAUGAGGAACGUCUGAGGGAAUAUUUCCAACUGGAUGUUAAAUUAGGAGACCUCUACAGAGACUGGAGCACACUGGACCCACACUUUAAACAAAUAGCCAAUGUCUUUACAGGAGUGCGUAUGUUGCGCCAAGACCCCGUGGAGUGUCUAUUCGCAUUCAUUUGUAGCUCUAAUAAUCACAUCUCACGGAUUCAGGGCAUGAUUGACCGACUGUGUCAGACACUCGGGACGUCCCUCUGCACGCUCGAUGGUGUGGCCUACCAUGAUUUUCCCUCUUUGCAAGUUCUUGCAGAUGACAGCGUGGAAAUGCGUUUGCGUGAUUUAGGUUUUGGUUACCGUGCUCGAUUCCUGCAACAGAGCGCUCAGAUCAUUAUGAACUCUCAUGGUCCAGACUGGCUCAAGUCACUCCGCAGCGCCCCCUACAUGCAGGCCAGAGAUGCACUUAGAGCACUUCCUGGAGUUGGUCUAAAAGUGGCCGACUGUGUGUGUCUGAUGUCAUUGGACAAAUCUGAGGCUGUUCCUGUGGACACACACGUGUGGCAGAUCUCCAGACGUGACUACAACUGUGCUGCUGGCAGUACACAAAAAACCCUGACUGAUAAAGUCUACAAAGACAUUGGUGAUUUCUUUCGAAAUCUCUGGGGUCCUUAUGCUGGCUGGGCUCACUCUGUACUUUUUUGUGCUGAUUUAAAAAGAUUUCAGAAGCUUAAGGAAGAUAUUCCUGUACUGAAAGAUGAGAAAAAAGAGCCAAAGAAGAUGAAAGUAAAAAGAGAUGACAGAGAUGAAGAAAAACAGAAAAAGAGGAAAAACGGCAAGAAGCGUCAGAGGACAUAACUCCGUGAAUAAUGUCCAUCAUGUAAUCUAAUCUGCUCAAACUACAGCCAGCCUGCUUUAAUACAGUGUGCUCUUUUUUAUUACUGUGAAUGAAUCUGUUGCAUUAAAGUGCAGUUAUUUCAUUGCUAAAAAAACAA